GCGCGCUGCCGUCCUGGAUAUGUGUAGUCUCUAUUAUUUCUGCGAAGGAUAACGCACAGAAAAAGGCGUGACGUCACGACUCGAAAGCGACCAAUCAGCGGCUGCCAGGUCAGGACACAGCGGGAUGAGACAAGAUGGCGACGAGAGGCGGCAAGAACGGGCUCCUGGAGAAAUGGAAAAUUGAUGACAAACCUGUAAAAAUCGACAAAUGGGACGGAUCUGCUGUCAAGAAUUCGCUGGACGAUGCAGCCAAAAAGGUUCUCCUGGAGAAGUAUAAGUAUGUGGAGAACUUCUGUCUCGUUGAUGGCCGCCUCAUCAUCUGCACCAUCUCCUGUAUGUUCGCCAUCGUAGCCUUGGUGUGGGAUUAUCUCCAUCCCUUCCCCGAAUCUAAACCCGUUCUUGCCUUCUGCGUCAUAUCGUAUUUCCUGAUGAUGGGCGUCCUGACCGUUUAUACCUCAUACAAGGAGAAGAGCAUUUUCCUGGUCGCCCACAGAAAGGACCCGGCAGGGAUGGACCCGGACGACAUCUGGCACCUGUCUUCUAGUCUGAAAAGGUUCGAUGACAAGUACACCCUGAAGGUCACCUUCAUCAGCGGCCGGACCAAGCAGCAGCGCGACGCCGAGUUCACCAGAUCUAUAGCCAAGUUCUUUGAUGAGAACGGCACCUUAGUCAUGGACAUGUUUGAGCCUGAAGUCUCCAAGCUCCACGACAGUCUGGCCUCAGAGAAGAAGAUGAAGUAGGGACCCCGGGGGGCCCCAAUACCGUCACAUUUUUACGCUGAGAGGGAUAAAGCCGAAUUGAUGCCACCUUUAUAGGAACGUCUCCCCUGCCCCCACCUUAUGCCCCCAGCGGGCGCUAUCUAAGGGCUCCGCAUCCCGCACGCGCCCGGUUGUGUUAGUCCAGGGCUGUAGAUCCCUCAGGUCGGCCCAGUGGUCACGGUUCUGUUCUGACACCUUCCGGUGGGCGUCGCCUCCACACACUGCAGCUGAUCCGGUAGAAUCAAUUUAAAGGGGAACUCCACUUAUCGUCAUCACAAUGCUCUUGAGUUACCUCCAGAGCUCCAUUUACAAUUCUGCUGGUACACGCGGUUAUACCCCAGUUACCUCCAGAGCUGCAUUUACAAUUCUGCUGGUACACGCGGUUAUACCCCAGUUACCUCCAGAGCUGCAUUUACAAUUCUGCUGGUACAUGCGGUUAUACCCCAGUUACCUCCAGAGCUGCAUUCACAAUUCUGCUGGUACAUGCGG